AUGUCAACCCCGCCGUCACUGACGCACUCGAGCCGUGCCACGAGGCGGGUCUCUUUUGCCCCUGUGCUGAGCGACAUUAAGACCCGGUUGAGCACAGCCAGGGCAAAGGUGACUGCAGAGGCAUCAUUGUACGUAUCAGCCAAGGGCACGGGGAGAGAGAAUGCACGACGGACCGCUAAGGCACUGGGGCAGGAGGGCGCCGUUACCUCUACUGCUGCGCCGCGGGACUUCACAUCUCUCGCAGUGGAGCACCAUGAUACGCAACCGGCAACCACCUCUCACUGUGCCCGCGAUGCGAGCAGCUGCAGCUCCUCGCGCCAGUCCUUCCCCGGAGCAUACCAGGGCGAGAAGACUAAAUCGCCUUCUGCGAACCGCGUUACAGGGGCGCAGGAGCUCUCCCUCAAGGGUACACCGCUAGUGAGGACAAUGCUUCAUCCAGCUUGCUGCAAAUCAUCGCCAUCCACGUCCCCUCGCAGCAGCCACAGCCCCCCCGGCCACCUACUAACCCCUUCCAGGGGUGUCAUAGCGAUGGGCGACGCCAGGGAUAGCACAUCGACGCAUGGAAGCAACCCGUACACCGAUAUGGAUCCGGACACCUCGAGCGAGAAAUGCCGCCACGUUGUGGUGUGGGAUUCCUUCACACGCCACGAGGACGCCCUUCGACGGCUGGCGCUUUCAAAACACUUCGAUCUCUGCGAGACCGAGGUCUACAAGUGCAUGCAGAAACUACCUUCGGAGGAGGUAAGUAUUACUGCGCAGGCUUCCUCCCGUGGUGACUGUGCGGCUGAGUCUGAGCACGAAGUAGUGCGACUGAAGGCAGCUCUUGCGAACGCAACCCCCACCUCUCUGGAGCCCACGGGGACUUUGGGUAGUGACCUGGCGGACUCGCUGACGCCAUUGCAGUCGCCCCCACGUUCCCAUCAAGCAGUGACUGCAAAUCGCAGCUGUUGUAUCUCCUCUGCAGCUGAUGUAGAGCGGGUAGGAGAGAGGGGCGCUAAGUGUGGCAGGCAAUCUCUCAACGAGGGCAGCCCUGCAGCCGCCAAGAAGGCAGGUGAAACGAAUUCCUCAAUCCAACAGCCAACAGACAUCUUAGAGGCGGCAUCACCAAUACAAAUCUCCAGCGCACGUAGCGCAGGCAGCAGCUGCUCAUUCGUGGAGGCUUCGAGGACGUUGAUAGUCAGCGAGGUGGCGAAACAACGUCCGCCAUCGCAGCCGCGCAUGACCCUGGCGGCGUGGCAUAAUACUCAAAAGGGUGACCUGCCGAGCGUAGCGCAGGUGGCAAGGAGUGCGGAGCCUUCACAAACAGCGAGUACUGGACUGACGGCGAGUCGCAGCUUCACACCACGCAGUAGCACUGUCGCACCUGUUCUCGCGUAUACCUCUAUUUCAGCCACAGCGAAGAUAGUGGAGGCUUCUGCAACGGGCACGAAGACAUGGCCAGAUCAGCCGUCUCUUUUGCCGUCGCGAAGGACAGCAGCAAGCACCGCAGACACCGGAAGAGAAGAGAGAGCUGCCACCAAAGCUACGCCGCCGCAGCGCUGCGACAUUGAUCGUUUCACUGCCACUACUCCAAGAUGCGAGCACCACGAGAAUCAGUUGUGGGUGCACCACGCCGCUGCACUACCUCACUUUGUCUCGCCACCACCGCUACAACAGGCGCCCUCGUUGCCCCUUCCCACGAAAGACACCGAAGCAGCGGCGGCAACUGUCGAACAGCAGCAGCCGACCGGCAUCACACCGCUGCGAGCUAAGGCACUUGUAGGCACUCCAGCUCGCGGCACCCCCGUGCCCCCGCAGGGCCAGCUGACAUCGCCGUCUCUUGCAGGCUCGGCGCUGGCACGCUACCGCGCCAAGCAAGGCUGUCAAAAUCCGGCAAGUCACUUUCACUUGCAGCUUGCAGGCACGCCUCGCCAAGCCACCUCCGCCACCCACGAGCCACCACAACGGGCAGCCGCCACUAGCGAGCCGAGUGGAGUGCCGGUUCCAGGGAGGGACGAGUGUUUUGUGACUGCAACGCGGGAUUCCAGUGCGGGCAGAAAUGCCACACACAACGGAGCUCACUCCACACUCAUACCAGAGCGACGGCAACGUGCCUCUUUGAGGAUGGACGGAAGGCUCAGCACAACUCACAACACGUCUUCUGUUGAGUCGCAGGAGAAAAUGCUGAGGUCGGCGGAGCGAUGUCCUGCUGUGCCUCGCGCGUCCGCAGCAGCAAAUCCCACCUCAACGCUGUCGCCGAGGCCGGCCAAAUCGUAUACACCGGCUCACAAGCUGUCUUUCGAGUGUUCUCUUUCCUCCCCUGCUUCAGCGGAAUCCUCGCCCUCCCACUCGUGUGCUUUCAAUGCACCUAUGAUGAGACACUCGACAGAGCCCAUCACUGCUGCCUCCUCCCCAAGUCCCUCCCGUUCUCCAACAGGCACCUCACACUCGUUACCAUCUGAUGCUCAGCGGCGGCGGUCAGGGCUCCGCACGGCAUCGGCUUCUGCGCUUCGCGUGAGAAGCGCACAAUUGUCUGCGAAUACCUCGGCAGCCCACACUCUAACCCGCACAGUGGUACAAGCAAUGAGCUCAAAUAGGUUAUCGGGGGCAGCAGUGGAGGGGCAACCGCUGCCGUCGGGGCCAUUGGUCUCUCUGCCACAGAACCGAGAGCUGUUUUCCGACGACAUCGCCUCUUGGUUCCCUUCGGAUUCUGCUGUUGCGCCUGUCGACGGUGCACGGCAUCUCUCAGAUGCCAAGUGGUGGUCCUCUGAAGAGCCAUUCGAGGCGGAACGGAACGCUGCAGUCGCUGACGGCGCGCUGCUGCACAGAACCACACGUGAGAAAAGCACCGAGCUGCGCGUGAAUGGAAGAGAUUUUCUCUGGGACGACAUCGUCGCGCUGGAGCGUCGUGUCGGGGGCCUGGAGAGCUGUACCACGGUACUGGAGCAGAAUGCGGCGAAGCGUUCAGUGCUUGAGGCCAUUCGACACCUGAAGAUGCGCGUUAGUGCAUUGGAGGCGCGCGCCACCUUACUAGAACGAGAGUCGAGCGCCCCACUCCUGCAGAUCGUCUGGCAGGACUAA